AUGGGGAAUGAAGAUGGGGAAAGGCUGGGGUUACUGCAGGGCAUGUAUUUGUUCAACACAAACCUGGCAAUUACAGGAGGUGCAGCUGUCAACCUCCCAAUCCUCCCCGUGCUCGUAUAUUCGUCCGUCUUGCACACACCAGACCUCCUCAUCUCUGUCUCUGUCAAGAUCAUUGUAGUCAGCGCCGUAGCCGUCGCCGCCGCUGCCGUCGCCGCCGCUGCCGCCGCCGCUGCUGCUGCUGCUGCUGCUGCCGCCACCGCUGCUGCCACUGCCACUGCCGCCACUGCCGCCACUGCUGCUGCCACUUCCACUGCCGCCACUGCCACCGCCAUUGCCGUCACUGCCGCCCCUAUUGCUGCCACCGCCACUGCCGUCACUGCCGCCCCUGUUGCUGCCACUGCCGCCACUGCUGCUGCCACUGCCAGUGCCACCACUGUCACUGCCGCCACUGCUGCUGCCGCUGCCACCACUGCCGCCAAUGCUGCCACCACCACCACCACCUCCAUCACCAAUACCAUUACCACUCCCACUUCCACCACCUCCACUGCCACCACCUCGACCACCACUGGCACCACCACCUCGACCGCCACCACCACCACCUCCACUGCCAUCACCUCGACCACCACUGCCACCACCACCUCGACCGCCACCACCACUGCCACCACCUCCACUGCCACCACCUCCACUGCCAUCACCUUGACCACCACUGCCACCACCACCUCGACCGCCACCACCACUGCCACCACCUCCACUGCCACCACCUCCACUGCCAUCACCUUGACCACCACUGCCACCACCACCUCGACCGCCACCACCACCACCACCUCCACCACCUCCACUGCCACCACCUCGACCACCACUGGCACCACCACCUCGACCGCCACCACCACCACCUCCACUGCCAUCACCUCGACCACCACUGCCACCACCACCUCGACCGCCACCACCACUGCCACCACCUCCACUGCCAUCACCUUGACCACCACUGCCACCACCACCUCGACCGCCACCACCACCACCUCCACCACCUCCACUGCCAUCACCUUGACCACCACUGCCACCACCACCUCGACCGCCACCACCACCACUGCCACCACCUCCACUGCCACCACCUCCACUGCCACCACCUCCUCCAAGAAAAUCGUUUUAAAGAGGGCACUCCGCUCGCUGUCUCGUAAAGGUGAAACUGAUUGA